UCCACACCGCGUCGGAGAAGAGCUUUCUGCCAUGAGCGUCUGCUUCUUCUCCACCACCCCUCACCGGGUCACCUCCACCGCCGCGGCCUCAUCUUUUUCUCGACCGGUUCACUGCCAAACCUACCCUUCCUUCCACCACUGUGGCUUCGGCCACCAUUUCCGAUACCACGUACCUCCCAUAAAGUUCUUAUCGACCCCAUGGAUGAGCCGAGCCCGCCUAAUCGGAGUCCUCAAGGAAUCCAGCGAGGUGGAGACUGAUGAUCGCCAGAGAGCUCCAGCGUCAGAUCAAGAAGAACUGGAAGAAGCCGCCGAUGGGGUCGUUGCCAACGGCGUCGUGGCGGAGACGAGCAAGGAAGGGUCGGAUUUGGUUCGAAAGGUUCCCGUCAGGAGCAAGAGAAAGAUUGAUGAGGAGGAGGACGGGUACGAUAGGUACACCCUGCGUAACGGGAGGGAGGUGUUUCAAGAAAAAGCGUACCUUGUUGGAGUUGAAUGUAAAGGUACUGAAGAUAACACAUUCAGUAUCGAGGAAUCACUUCAAGAACUUGCACAAUUAGCUGAUACUGCUGGACUUUCAGUUGUUGGCUCUACUUAUCAAAAGCUUGCUAAUCCAAAUCCGAGGACAUAUAUUGGCUCUGGCAAGGUUGCUGAAAUCAAGAGUGCAAUUCAUGCCCUUGAUGUUGAAACUGUAAUUUUUGAUGAUGAGCUGUCAGCAGGACAGCUGCGCAAUUUGGAGAAGGCCCUUGGUGGGGAUGUUCGGGUAUGUGAUCGAACUGCUCUCAUUCUUGAUAUCUUCAACCAAAGGGCUGCAACUCAUGAAGCAGCUUUACAGGUUGCUUUAGCGCAAAUGGAGUACCAGCUUCCCAGGUUGACAAAAAUGUGGACUCAUCUUGAACGUCAGGCAGGUGGCAAGGUUAAGGGAAUGGGAGAGAAACAAAUUGAAGUGGACAAGCGUAUCUUGCGUACUCAGAUUAGUGCUUUGAGAAAAGAGUUAGAGUCUGUUCGGCAACAUCGGAAGCAAUAUCGUAAUCGCCGCCUAUCAGUACCUGUUCCUGUUGUGUCCCUGGUUGGUUACACAAAUGCUGGGAAAAGUACACUCUUGAAUCGCCUGACCGGAGCUGAUGUUCUUGCUGAGGAUCAACUUUUUGCUACACUAGAUCCAACUACCAGAAGGGUCCAGAUGAAAAAUGGAAGCGAGUUCCUCUUGACUGAUACUGUGGGUUUCAUUCAGAAAUUGCCUACAAUGCUCGUAGCUGCAUUUAGAGCGACACUAGAAGAAAUAUCUGAGUCGUCUCUUUUAGUGCAUGUUGUGGACAUCAGUCAUCCACUAGCUAAUCAACAGAUAGAUGCUGUUGAUAAAGUACUUACAGAGUUGGAUGUGGCAUCAAUACCAAAGUUCGUUGUGUGGAACAAGAUUGACAAGGCUGAUGAUCCUGAAAGAUUACAAUCUGAAGCAGAGCAAAUAGGAGCUAUAUGCAUAUCAGCAAUUAGUGGUGAUGGGUUGGAGCAAUUCUCCAGUGCAGUUCAAGCAAAGCUUAAGGACUCGUUGGUACCAGUUGAAGCUUUAAUUCCCUAUGACAAAGGGGAUCUUCUUAAUUCAAUACAUCAGGUCGGAAUGGUAGAGAGAACUGAAUUCAUGGAGAACGGGACCAUGAUAAGGGCACAUGUUCCUCUUCCACUUGCAAGGUUGCUCACCCCAAUGAGGCAACUUGUGGCUGCUGCACAAUGAUUAUGGUAUAAUGUGAAUUCGUAUCGAUUAUGUUAUAGAUAAAUCUUUCUAUAGCUAGCACAAAGAAAUUAUCACGCAGCAUUCUCAAAGUACAUAGUCUGAACCGUCCUCUAUCAAGAUAGGAGUCAGGAUCCUCCUAGUCUGAGGAAAAGCUGGAGAAGUUGGAACCUCCAAUUCUCAAAUCUGGCCUGUCCAUCAGAUCCUCGUGUCUUGGUCCUCACAAAUAUGAUCGAUGCCUAUGAAUAUGAUUGAAGGGCCCAUAUGCAGGAAGAUUCAGGAUCUGAGAGUCGAUGGAUACAGCCAAUGUGAGAAUUGAAGCUUUUCAAUACUGUUAGACAUAAUAGAAUGUCUAAAGUGUUUCUGCAUGGAUUUGAAGCAUAUAUAUAGUUGACAUUAUCAUAAGCCCAUAGAUAAAGUUAGUUUGUCCCUGUGAUGAUAGAAUGUUGGAUGUGAUCUCCAAGUUUUUAUGAUAUAGUUGGGAUUUGGAGUGCAAACAUGCAUCUUAUUAUAUAGACAUCUUUUAUGGUC